ACAACACUCAAAUAAAAAAGUUCAGCGCUGCCGCCUUUUCCCUUUCAUCAAAAACAAAGUCGCCGGAAAACACCGCCGGAGUUUGUUUUCUGUUACAAAAGAUGAGACUGUUAACACACAACAUGCUAUCAUCAAACAUAAGAGGCGUAGUGAACGGUUUUCCAUUGAAAAUCGAAGCAGUGAAAGUGGUUGAAAAAAGUGUUGAUAUGAAUACUGAUUUUCUCAAGAACAUGUUUGAGAAAAUUGAAUGGAAAGCUUUUGUUGAAGCUUCAGUAUCUAUGGGAUAUACUGAAUUACCUGAAGAAGCUGAUUCUUCUAUGUUGGAUUCAGAUGAGUUUUUGAGUAGGUUUCAUCAUGCAUUGUUGGAACUUCAUCUUGAAGAAGGUGUUCUUGUUUGUCCUGAAACUGGUAGAAGAUUUCCUGUUAGUAAGGGUAUUCCAAAUAUGCUUCUUCAUGAAGAUGAGGUUUGAGUUUUGUUUAUUAUUAGAUUGUUAUGAAAUUCACUUGUUUUGUAGUUAGUUAUUAGUUAAAAGUGAUGUUAAUGGAAUUAAUUUGAUUGGAAUUAGAAUUUAUAUGAAACUCUGUUUACUAUUUGAUUACUUAUGUUGUAUUCUCUGGUUGCUUGGUCUGGCUUUUGUUUGAUUAAUUCACCGACUCCGACUCCGAUGCA